UCUUCAAACUUUUCGAUUCUAAACAUUGUACGUUGGGCUAAAUGAGUCAUUUGGGGAAAAAUGAGAGGGUAAUUUCAUCCCAAAGGUACAACUUGAUUAUGCGCAUUACUGAGCAGUACUUAAACAGCGUAGCAGAGCAGAUGAUUAAACAAUCACGUUCAACGGAGAUGUACACGUUCUCUCCCCCUAGGCCUCCCUCGCAUCGCAAGAGAGUUUGGGCAACACGUGGGUCUGAGAAGACCUUUUGUCCGAGAGCACUCUAAAUUUCCAAGCUUUUGACUCACGGGGAGAGAGAGAAGAGAGAGAGAGAGAGAGAGAGUGACUGUGAAGUCAUAUUCCGGCGAGAUGACGGACCAAAAAUCCGAAGACUGGCUCCCAACUGGUUGGACCGUUGAGGUCAAAGUUAGAAAUAACGGUAAAAGAGACAAGUAUUAUUACGAUACCACAAGUGGACAUAAAUUCAAUUCCAAGGCAGAGGUAUCUCGCUAUCUCAACACCUCUCAAAUCAGCGAUGAAGUCAAACAGAAAGUUGAAGAGACUUUGAAGCGAUCAGCAAAUGAUGUUGUGGUUGAGAAGACUAUAGCAGAAGGACUACCUCAAGGAUGGAUCAAAGAAAUUCGGAUGACAAAAAAGGAUCAUAAGAUCAGGAGAGACUCGUACUAUAUUGAUCCUGUAAGUGAAAAAUUAUUCCGCUCUAUGAAGGAUGUGAAUCGCUAUCUUGAAAAUGAGGAGCCAAGAAGGCUAAUUCUAGAGCCAAGUCAUGGUAUUGAUAAGGAAUUGGAAGAUGAAAAAGCCUCUGCAAAAUUACAUUGUCUGUAACUUCAAUCAGAGCUCGCACUUGAAUGAGAUCAUGAAGGAUGGACAGAUACUUAAUCUAGCAUGUAAGGGAGAAAGCCCGACCUUUCCAGCACAAACU